UCUGUAUAUAUUUUCCACAGUCUAGUAAGGGAGCACGAAAACUACAUUGCGGAGAGGAGAUUCCCAAUAUGCGGACUGUUGUUCCAUUGGGUCUUACCCCCUCGCCAUCUCGAUCUUCGUCGUCUUCUAUAGCUGCUAAAACGCCUAUCCAUCUUCUCAGAACACCUUCCGAAUCUCCAUCUAGGGUCAAGUUAUUUCAAAAGUGCGUUCGAGGAGUAUCACCUCCGCGAUUCUCCGAUCAUGUGAUCAACUCACGAGCAGGAACUUGCAGAGCUAGCCAAGCUGUCGACUUGUUCCCUUCAAUCUGCCCCGAAAUUGUCGUUAGAGAUGCUCGAAUUGAAGAUUGUUGGGAAGUCGCCGAUACACAUUGUAGCUCAUUUUUCCCAAAUUAUACUUUUCCCAUAGAUUUGGUUCUACGGAUAGAGAGAUUUGUAGCGCUGCUUUCUGGCCUCUCGAUACCACCGGGUUGUAUGGGGACCUGUCUUGUGGCCGUUACCGGUGCAACUCGAAAUGAUAACUUGUACAUUGGAAGUAAAUAUUUGAAAAUUGGGGGGCUUGAUGGGAAAUUUAAUAUCAGCAGGGAGUCUGUAGCUGGAAUUCUCACUGUGGAUACUCUGGCAGAUUAUCUACCUAGAAAAGGUCCUCUCAGGCAAAGAAGAACUGGAAUAGCGUACAUAUCAAAUGUUGCCGUGAGGAAGGCGGAUAGGAGAAAGGGGAUUGCGAAGCUUCUGCUGGCGAAGGCAGAAGGCAGAGCCCUCAGCUGGGGCUGCCGCUCCAUUGCCUUACAUUGUGAUGUGAAUAAUACAGCUGCUGUAAGAUUAUACAAAUCCGAGGGCUUUAAGAUCAUCACUUUGCCUGAUGAUUGUAGAUGGCCUCAGCCCAAAACUGCCCCAAACAUCCAGUUUUACUUAAUGAUGAAACUCCUUUCAUCAAAGGCAAGUAUUUGAUCUUUAUAUUUAGUUAUAUGUAAGAAAAUUUGCACACAUGCCAUGUAUUCACAUGUAUAUCACUCAAUUCUUAUGUAUUUACAUAUAUAUCACUCAA